AUGGCUGUGCUGAAGGAGGAGCACACCCUUGCAUCACUCUACACGCCCAUGCUGCCUGAAAUAGAACGGCCGUGCUUAGAACAACACGCCCUUGCAGACAACGAAGGCACGACCGUGCUAGACGAAAGCAAGGUCGUGCUCAAUGAAGGCACGCCCGUGUUGGAUGAUGAGCAAGGUCGUGCUUACCACCCAGAUGCGAAAAAGGAGACAAGGGAAGAUGCACCAGUGGUGACAAAACCAAAAGUUCCAUUUCCACAACGAUUGAUGAGUAGCCAGAGAGACCCUCAAUUCAAUAAGUUCCUUGGGAUCCUCAGAAAGCUCCACAUCAAUAUUCCUUUUGUUGAAGCCAUAUCACAGAUGCCGAAAUAUGCUAAAUUUCUCAAGGAGAUGCUAAGCAACAAAAGGAAAUUGGAAGAAUUCGAGACAGUUAGAUUGAAUGAGGAGUGCUCAGCAAUUUUAUUAAGGAAGUUGCUGCCUAAGCUUAAGGAACCAGGGAGUUUUACAAUUCCAUGCACUAUAGGCAAUUCUUAUUUUGAUAAAGCGCUCUAUGAUUUAGGUGCUAGCAUCAAUCUAAUGCCAUUUUCUGUGUUUAAAAGGUUGGGUAUGCAAGAACCCAAGCCAACUUCAAUCUCUCUGCAACUUGCUGAUCGUUUAAUAACGUAUCCUAGGGGCAUAGUGGAGGAUGUCCAAGUCAAGGUAGAUAAGUUCAUGUUUCCUACAGAUUUCAUUGUCCUUGACAUGGAAGAAUGA